CCGAGCCAACUCCACAGCCUGUCAUUAAAAGCCUGCUCAAAGUAUUUUAUAAACCACAAGCAAAAUUCUAUCGAGGGAGAAAAUUAUGGAGGUCUUGAUUGACUGUUACUUCGACCGUUUAUUCGAAGAAAUGGAGCGUGAUUGUUUGGCCUCUCGUCACAAGCGCCGUCAACUCGUCAAGUAUUUUUCGGACGUGAUAAACAGUGUCUCAGAAGCCGAGAGUCUCGAUACCAGUGACGUGUGUGAGAGAAUAGUAAAAUCGGCCUUGCGUUACCACAACAUCACAAUGUCGGAGAACGGCUCAGUCUGCCUCCUGGGUAAAUUCCACAACGUCUUAUACGUCGCGGCUAAAUUGUGUUACGACUGGAGUUUGAAUAAUAACCGUGUUGUAUCACGUCUAUUGAACGAUAUUUACUACUGUGAAAAAACAUUCGAGAGAAUAUUUGUCGGCGCAAUAUUUGGAAUAAGAGUGACCCACUUUCUGUCAGGUUGGAAGAGUGAUUUUGAGAAUAGGGACGACAACAUCCGCGGUCUCAUUUAUUUUCUGGAUCACGCUGUCAAGGGACGAUUGGAGUACAAGUGCGAGUUGGACUCAGUCAAACGACGGUUUAUCGAUAUUCCGAUGGAGUCGUACGGUCAAGUAUUGCCCUUGAGAGUAGCUGUCCAGCAUGGAGCACCGGACAUUCUCCUUAUUAUGCUGCGCUACGGCGCCAACACCGAAUCGGAUAAACUCUCUCCAACACCUCUGGAAAUUCUAUUGACAAAAUUGAGCGAUUACGAGACUGAGGACGAGCCCAAUCGCAUUAUACCCGAGAAUCUGUUGGUCUGCCUGAGAUUAAUACUCCGAACAGUGACUGUAGGAUCGGUUAGAACCCCCAGCCACAUUGCCGAAGUGUGUGGAGUCGAGAGUGUGACAUUGUGGGAACAAUUUCCCAAUUUAGUGGAGAGGAAUUUCGUGAGAGCCGACAGAAGUGGAUAUUGCCCGGCUGAGCUCAGACAUUUGUGCCGAUGUACAAUAAGACAGUGUUUGUUUGAUAAUUGGGCGUUACCACACGGAAUUAAAACUCUCCAGAUACCCAGGACACUACAAAAUUAUUUGGAUUUGCUUUAUGACUAGGGAUGCUUUUGGGAAUUGUUUUGGGGGAGGUAUUAAACUUGUUACCUCAAUUUGUUGGGGCUUGUCGAAGAUGUAUCGGGGGAUCAACAUGUUAAGGGAACUACAGUUGCGGGGAAAUUGGCCGGAAAAUUUAUCGGAAAGGGAGAGUUAGGAGGGAAAUAUCUGUUUUUUUUUUUUUGAUUGAGAAUUUUAUGAACUACGGAAAAUGGUGGUGGCAUUUUUUUUACGAUAUCGGGGUAUUUCCUCAACUUUAAAAAUAUUUACUACAUAAUUGACUCAUAAAAUUGCCUCAGAAAUAAAUUUGGAGAAUAUGCAAAGAGUAGAAUUCUACCAAUAAAUAUUCUUCAGAUAAUAAAUUUUGUUUAGUGUUGUUGAAAGAAUUUCUAGUAUAAAAAUUACUCCAUGUGGGUUCUACUCUCUAUUAGAAUGUUGCUGUUUUCCUGUUUAUGGGUUUGUAGUUGGAUUCCUUUUAAUUUCUUCGAGGUCAGUAAACCGAACGUAGUUUUACACGAAAUACCACGCGUAACAGUCACUUAGUGCGAGUCAAGGAAUAACGAAGGUGUUCAAAACUUUAGCCAUAUAAUUCUCCUUUCACCCUGGCAACAGCCUACCACUUCUCACUCACUUUGAUUUUACUAGCUUGCACGUACGUAAUGGAGUUGUUAAACAUCAUUCGUGUGUGAUUUCGAGACAGGUUGCGAAUUUUAUUCCCCAAAGGGGAGAACGAAAAAAUAUUUGUUAUUGCUGUGAAAAUAAUUUUUAAUAUUUUAUAACGGUGAGGGGGGCGUGGGUGUGGGGUGGACUGUCUCAAGAAUGAAAAAGAUUGGGGAUGAACGGUCCUGUCAUCCCUACUGAAAGUCAUUGUUCUCCCAUUCUCAUACACUUAACAAAGGACUGACAGGAGCGCAAAAACUUGAAGUACCAGAGACAAUGGGAAAAAUGAGAAUAUUUAUUAAAUUCUUCAUUUGAAAUUCUAAUUCCUCAUUCAGAAAAUGUAACUGAAUCAUAAAUUUAGCACCAUCGUUUUGCAGUAAAAAUUUGUAACAGCGCAGAACCCGACGCAAUGUUCAUUGAAAUAAUUGAUUUAUAUUUCCUCGAACGACAAUAAAAUGAACGAUAAAUAAUCCACGAAAAAUUCAAGUACUGAAACAUAAAAAUGAUGUAACUACCUCGAAAAAUUGUGAGCUGCACUGUUAGCUCGUAAUAUUCGUCAUAAUUCUGCCAUUCAAUGAGGAUAAUAAACCUCAAUAAUACAGUGAAGAGCGUAAAAAUAUUCCUCGUAGAAGUGAAUGAACCUGUGAAUGUUCUUUUGCGUUGAAAAAAAUCUGGGAAGAAUGGAUAUGGAACCAAUCUUGAAAGUGAAACGUGAUCUCACCAUUUUCGUAGUUCAUUGGAGGAUAAAAACCAAUCAAAACGAAAUAAGGACUGAAAAUAUUUAGUUUUGUAUUUCAUGCCAAUUAAAAUUUAAUUGGAUCUGUUCCUGGAGUUCGACCUAUUUUUCCAUUUUUUAAAUUGAAUGAUUCGAACUAUUUAAAAUUUUCAUGGUCGUUAAAAAAACGUAACUUUCUCGAGCUGUCAAUAAGUAAACGAGUGAUUGACACUAAAUCGAAGCCAAAGUGAGAAUGUGGAGAAUUGAUUUCCCAUUGGAAAAUGAGAAUUUCAUAUUUAAAUUCCUCAACGAUUCCUAAUUCCAGUUUAUGUUCCCCUGUGCAACUAAUCGUGGACAGAUUAUCUCUUAAGACCGAUCCCUACCGUUCAUAAAAUUUCCAAUUGCAAUACAAGAAAUCUUCAAGUAAUAGCCCUCAAUAUUUCAAUCCCUAGUAAAUUCCCAACGAGUCCCUGAGAAUAAAUGACAUAAUUUCCUCAAUUUACCUGUAUGCAUCCUCCGA